CGUACGAACAAAGAGGGUCGGAAUCCAGGCUAAACAAGCAGAAGCGGUACUGUUUGUGUGAAUGUCGUUUACGAAUUUGUGUGUUGUCUGCCUCAAAAAUCUGCCCAAAGAACAUUUUCCAUUUCGAAGUUAUUUUUUCAGCUUUUAUCAACGAAGUGAAGAAGCCAUGUUUGGUCAAGGCUCCCUGGAUACCGCCAAAUCAACGGUGUACGUUGAGGAUUAUUUGGACUGCAUAGAAUCGCUGCCCAACGAUUUACAGCGGAAUGUCUCGCAAAUGCGGGAAGUGGACAGUUUGUAUCAAUCCAUUCUGAAAGAGAUUCAUCAACACUAUGAGACUCUGAGCAACAAGGAACUAGACGCAGCAGCUCGUCGUCGAUGUCUGCUACAGAUGCAACAUGCCCUCGUCCGCAGCCAAGAACUCGGCGAUGAGAAGCUUCAUCUAGCAUCGCAGAUUGUAGAGCUGACUGAGAACCGACUCAGACAGAUGGAGACCAACUCAGAAAGCUUGGUCAUACGGGAACGAACGGAACAACGCGCCCAAGAAGCAAGCAAAGUCAGCAUCAAGUCUCCCUAUACUAAACCUGGUUACACCAAACCUGCCUAUACUAAACCAGGUUACACUAAGCAGGGCUACAAUAAACCUGGUUAUGGUAAACCAGGUUAUGGUAAACCGGGUUAUGGGAAGGCGACAUACAACAAAGUAGUCAAGAAAGUUGUGGAGGGGAACCAGGAGAAAGCCAUGAAGCGACCCAGGAGACAGCGUAGCCAUGAUAAUGGUAAAGAUAAAGAGAUAGGAGUGUCUACCAAUGAGGUUGUCAAGCCAGCCAAGAAGAAGAAGAGGUCUAAAGUCAACAAGGCUGAGAGGGCAGCAUCCCCCAUUGAUCCACCAAUAGAUCCCAACGAACCUACCUAUUGCCUGUGCAACCAAGUCUCCUAUGGUGAAAUGGUCGGAUGUGACAACAAAGACUGUCCAUUUGAAUGGUUUCACUUCGGUUGUGUCGGACUCACCCUCAAACCCAAGGGAAAAUGGUACUGUCCAAGAUGUCGACCAGCGCAAGACGCAAAGAAAAAGUAGCGAGGGUUUCGUUUACAACCAUAGUUAUUUUUUGUACUAUAUAUUAAUAGUAAUUAAUUGUAUAUAUGUAACUUUUCCAUUUAAAUUGAAUUUAUACAUUUCUUCUGAACUGACGACAGUAUCCAAAUUAAAAUCCGAGAAAAAAGGCAAGACAGAAAAAUGAAAAUAAUUUUUCGUAUAAGUUCCAGGCAAUAUAAAUCAAAUGAAAUUGGAAUGUAGCACACAGGUUGGAGUUCAUUUCAUUCAAUGGUAAAUUUGUUUUGAGGUUGUGCUGUUCGCAAUAAUUACAAUGAGUUUGAAAUAUUUUCAGACAUUCACUUUUAGUAAAUUCAAUGUUUUGCCAUGUUGGGAAAUACAGCUUGUUUUCUAUUAUUUGAUUGGACAAAAUUUUAUUCACUUACUGUUAAAAUAAUGAAUUAUGUUUUCCAUUAAUUGACGUUGAUAUGGAUUUAACAUUGGUUAAAUUCCAUCUUAAACUUGUUUUCCUGCAAGCUAGGAUUUGGUGUUUCCUGCCACUGUACAAUUUGAAUGCUGCCCUCUGGUGGUGAAGAUCAGACAUACAAUCGGCCAGCAGUAUAAUGCACAUGCUCUUUCAAGCCUUCCUCAAACAUAAAAGUUUCAUAGGAUACUUUGGGGGAUAGUUUUAGGUUAGCAAUAACAGUCAUAUUAAAUGGUUUCUCCAGAAUUUCCUCCCUUGUUCCAUUCAUUUCUGAUAUGUGGGUCAUCCUUUUUUAGUAUUCCGUACAUGUAUUUUGUCACUAUUUUAUGCUUAUACACAUUCAUCAUUCUAAACAUAGCUUGUGUCGCAGUAUUGUCUGUAAUAAAUGUGGGGUUUAUAUUUGA